AUGAAGGAGAAGCGGACUCGCCGUGCUCCGGCAAAAAUCGAGAGAGAAAAAGAGACGACGAAGGCCGAGUCGCCCCUGGAGAGACUUCUACUUGCGGAUGAAAUCUGGAGCUUCUUGUCCAUGAACUUGUUCAGGUCUGGAGGCUUCCUCAGAGUUGAACAUGGCAAUUAUUGGCGACGGAGCGAGGAGCGGAUAUGGGCGUUCUGA